AUGGAGAAGCUAAUGAUACUAGAAAUUAGCAAAGUCGUACGCCAGCUCCAUGUAUUGAAGAACCACUUUAAUCUACAAUUCCACCUGCUCGUGGCCACUUGGAACCCAGGAAAAUCAGCUGCCCGCGCUCUCUUUCAGGAGGAGUACUCAUCUUGUGCACGAUGGGCCCAUGAUCAACAAAAGACUCACCUACUCGAAUGUUUUGCUUUUGAAGCAACGAAGGCUCCACAGCAUAUGCGCCCUAAACCCCUUGAUCCCAAGCCCUUGUCACAAGGUGCAGCUCGACAAGCCCAAAGACGCACAGAACUUGCGCAUGCCCUUAAUGAUUUAAUAGCCCCACAUCUUCGUGGAGGUUAUCUUGGCAGGGGUGAUGCACAUCCUAAGGUCCCGAACUUGAAGGCUGCCUUUGCAGCCAAAACCUUCCGUGGCGAUAUCAAGCUCACUUUCAAUUGCACCCCCCAAAGCCGCGUCACUGAUAUAAUGAUAUCCAAGGGGCCAGGCCAUCUGUCCAACGAUGAAGUCGACAUUUGGAUUGAAGAUAUCAAAUCCGAAAAUUAUACUAUCAUAGCCGUCCCGCAAAGCUCCGAUUCCAAAUCCAAAGCAGAAGAAGAAAAUGACAAAUCCAGCACAGUACACUCUGACUCUCACCCAGAUUUAGCUGAUGAAAUAAAUAUGAUGCUAGAGUGA